CGAAAUAGACAAUUUAAAUAGGGAGAAAAAGAGUAUUUUAGAAAUGAAGCCUAAAAUCCGAAGCAACAAACAACCCCUGAUUUCCUCCUAAUAUAAAUACCAAUAAUCUACCCAACUCACAAGUCAAAAUUUCUCUUUAGUUUCAAGGGAGAGAAUUGGCAAUUCCUAUCCAUAGAGUAAGAGAGAUGUCAUCAAAAACACUUCUCAUUUUCCAUUUCCUUGCUUUCUCAUUGCCCUUCACUUCUUCUUCUUCUUCCGCCGGAGCCGAUAACGCAGACUUCAUCAGAAAAUCCUGCAACACGACGGAGUACCCGCGCCUCUGCUUCACGUCUCUGUCCAGCCGCGCCGAGUCCAUCGGAGCCGACCCCGAGCUCCUAGCCCACGCCGCCCUCAGCGUGGCCCUCAAAACCGCCAGGUCAACGGCGGCGGCCUUGACCAGGAUGGCCCGGCGCCACGGCCUGACGCGCCGGGAGACGGGCGCCAUGCGCGACUGCGUCGAGCAGCUCGGAGACUCGGUGGACCAGCUCGGCGAGUCUCUCGACGAGAUGCGGCAACUCGGCGGCCGCCGCCGUGGGGAUUUCGACCUCGUGAUGAACGACAUUGAGACUUGGGUUAGCGCCGCCCUGACGGACGAGGACACGUGCACGGAAGGUUUCGCCGGAGAGCGGUCGAGGGGCGGCGUUAAGGCCGCCGUGAGGGGUAGGAUCGUCAAUGUUGCUCAUCUCACUAGCAACGCUUUGGCUCUCAUCAACCACGUCGCACAGCGUCAUCGUUAAGUAUAUAUACAUAUAUAUACUCCCCAUUUAUAUAAAUUGAGCAAUUCUAGAGUCACAAACACUUUGAUCACAAAACACACAAACUUACUACUACCUCCGUCCCAUUGUCUUUGUCCAGUUUUGACUUUUGGAACUGUUCAUCUAAGCACUUUGACUCAUCAAAUUCUCUCAAUGUGUAAGCCUAAAAAUAGUCAUGUGUGAUCUUGUUUGAUUCGUCUUAACAUAUAUAUUAUUAAUAUAUAAUUUUUAUAAUUUUUUAAUAUACAAAUUACAAGAUAAAAUGGAUUAAAGAAGUGCAUUGGAUGGUGUGCCAAAAUGUAAGUGGACAAACACAGUGAGACGGAGGGAGUAUUUGUGUAUUUAAAUAUUUACUUUUAAAUUAUUUAGAAUCAUUUUAUUCAAUUAGUGAAAUGCACAAAUAGCAGGGUUGUGUAUUUUGUGAGCAAGUGUUUGUGACUCUAGCAUUUCUCAUAUAAAUUAUAUUGCGAGUAGAAAAUUACUCAUUUUUUAAUUGGGAAGUACUCCGUCUUAAUCAUAAAAUGGGUAUUAUUAAUACCGAGUAAUAUAAUCUUAGGAUUACU